AUACAACACGUGUUACUGUUGAUCCUCCUGGUAAAUUAUUUAUCACACUGAUAAUAAAUGACUCAUUCCGGAAGUGACAAGUACAAUGCGGGCUUGAGAAUAAAGUUUACUGGGCAUUCGCGUCUUACUCAGGGAGGAUGCCAGAUCUUCAGGACAUUUCCAAUGCUAUAUCAGAGCUGCAGCCUGAAGCCAUCACUGAUAUUGGUGUGCUUGCAUCCAAGAAAGACCCUCCAGCAGACUACAAUGUUGUUGCACAAACAACAGAUGGCUUUGACGCCAACCUUUGGAAGGACAGCAUAUUCAAAUCCAAGGUCACGCGCUAUCUGUGUUUCAGCCGAGCCUCGAAAAAUAAGCAAUUAUGCAACGUAGUGGUGGACAUGAAGCUGAUGGACUUGAAGGAAACUCUGCCCGAGGGCUUCACUUCAAUUCAAGACACCAUGGAUAGCCAGGAACAGGCUUUGAAGAAGGAAAGGUUGUGUGUCAAGUUGGUCCCCAGACACACUACUAAUACGGCUAUAUGUGAUCUGAUCAUCCAGGGAAAGUCCAAGCAUGGUCUUGCUAAUUACACAUAUAUAGGAGAGAUGAAUAGUUUGGGGAUUUGGUGUCAGUUGGGAAACAUCACUAAGUUGAAGGACACAGGACACAAAACCUCGUCUGCAUCUUCAUACACUUCUGAUGUUGUCAGGCAAUUCCCUGUGUCCCCAACAUCUAGUCCUACCAAAAAGAACAUUGUCAGACCGGAUUAUGAACACCACAUCCACAACCUUUACACCACAUCAGCCUUGGAUGAUAUACCAUUUACGAUCUGUAAAAAAUGUGUCUCCACAUCCAGAGUUGAAAUACAGCCAGUCCAUUUAAUGGGCAUUACCAUAAAAUCGCCACAAGAGAUUGAGGAGGAAUACAGUUACUCUUUUAACACUGAACACGGUGCUGUAGCCUUCUGAUGGACCAAGUGACCCUGACAUAAUUCAUGCAUGUCAGCAUCUGUUGUCUUUCAACAAACAGUCUAAAGAUUGUGCCUCUUUAAACAUGAAAUCAAAAUAUAUCUAUGUGAAUUUACAUUCUUAUUGUUCUUGGAGCAAUUCAGCAGUGCAUGUAAUUAUUACUAAUGAAAUAUAAUAUUCCUUUUUUUAUAGCUUGUUGUUAGUUAUUGUCUGUAGCACUUCAGGUUUCAGAUUUUUUAAAGUUUGUAGCAGACACUUCCCAGCUUAAUACUGUAUAAAGAAUGUUAUUACAAAAACAACUUUUAAAUUUGCAUUUGUAAAUUUGCUUUCGAUAAAAGCAUCUGCUAAAUGGAUAAACGUAAAUGUAAAUAAAUGUUUUGAUGGGUACUCGAAAGUAAUGGUUU